AACGCCUCCCUCCCCAGCGAACGACCAGAGAGGCCCCCUUCGCGAGCGCGACAGCUAGGGUUCCUAGCCACCGCCGGCCCGCCGCCACUACUGCCGGCCCUCCGCCGCGGGGGGCCCAGCCGGCCGAAGCCUCUGCCGCCCGCCGCCGGUACAGGAGCCGAGCAGAGCCUUCCUCCGCCGAGGAGCGCCUCCCUCCCUGGAGCAGCCGCUCCCGCCCGGAGCUACCCCGGCGACCAGUCCAUAGGCAGGAUUUAGUGCGUUGCUGUUAAUAGGGAACUUUUCCUUUCAAGAGAUGAAGAAAGAAGUGAUCUUAUCAAUUAACCUGAACCAGGGACAUUAAUGCACGCUGAGCUUCCUGCUCAUCUUUUGUGCAUCUUAACCACCCUUCAUUGCUGAUGAAGUUAAGAGGAUCGAGAGUAAAGCAGGCCGACUCUGGUUCACCAGGUGAGAGGGACCUAUGCUUUUAUUCUAAGUCAUUCGAUGUAAAGAGGCACACGACAGAACAUUGCAAUAAUGAUGUUUCAUUUUCUGAGCUUGAAGGGACCUUCAGUGCGCCUGUUAGGAAGAAAAGAGGGACAAGAGCACCUCCAUCUUCUAGAUGUUUACGUGGUAAAAAGGAUGAUAAUGUCAUGAGCAGUGAUGACGCUAUCACAGAAGAAGGCCAUGCUGCCUCUCCUUCAAGCAGGAAGGCAAAAGAACAAAAUCAUGGAGAGAUAGCUGUUGGAAGCUCAGCUGAUCCCACAGCCCAGAGUGUCUCUGUAAAUGAAGCACGUGAAAACUCGAGGGCAUUGAAAAAUACUUCUAAUGUGCAAACAACUGCUGUUAAGAAGACUACUGCUGAGGAUAAAACUUCUCGAGCAAUCAUGGAUGAUGUUUUUAAUGCAGAAAUGGAUUCCACGUCUUCAGAUGAUGAGAGUGCCGAAGAAGUUGAGGAUGUGAAAGUUUGUGACAUAUGUGGAGAUGUUGGUGAUGAGGUGAAGCUCGCUGUUUGCAAUAGAUGUAACGAUGGUGCUGAGCAUACUUAUUGUAUGCGGGAGAUGAUGGAAAAGGUUCCGGAUGGUGAGUGGUUUUGUGAAGAGUGCCAAACUGAAGUAGAAUAUGAAAAGGAGAAGUUAGAAAAACCUGAGGUGAGGCUUGUCACUUCAAAGGAAGAGUCUGUUCAAGGGAAAAUCAGUAAACCUUUCAAUGAUGCAAACAGCAGAAGUCCUUGUGAGAAUGAAGUGGAGGAUGAAACUGUUGGCAGAAAAGAACGGAAUGAAGCAAAUCAAGGCAUUCGUAUGGUUGAAGAUGCAAAGAUUCCGCCUGUGGCUAAACAAAAUAUUCCUGAACCUGGUGGUUCAUCAAUGGAGUCUUACUCCAGAAAAGGAGUAUCUCUGCUACGCGAGAGCUCAUUCAGGUUGGAUAUAGAGAAAGGAAAGCAACCUACUCCCCAAGCGCCAAUCUUACUGGGGUUUAAUGCUAGCAAGAAUCAGGCACCACCACUUACUGGUCAACUCUCCAAGUCCACUUCUUUCAACAACUCUAAGGUGCCCAAGGUGAAGCAACUAGUGAAUGAAGUUCCUCAGAAGACCAAAACUUUGAAGGAUCAGUUGUCCUGUAGUAUGAGAAAAGAGGGGCCAACGAGCUUUUCAACUAAGUCAGCAUCAUUCAAAAAGCCCAAAACUUGUGAGCCAGCAAAUAAGGCAAAGUCUUCCAUCAUACCACCUGCCGAGGAGCUAAGUGUGAUGAAUUUACCAGUGAGCCGAAAUGUAAGUAAUGAUAGAGGCACUUCUAUAUUAGGAUGCCCCUCAAUUACUGGACCACUGGCUUUUCCAGUUCAAUCAAAAGCAGAAUCUGCAGCUCAGCGCCUCACUACAGGAAACAACAUGUCUGCCUCUAGCAAUUCAGGCCAUUUUACCCAAUUUUGUGGUGUUGAUAAAUUAGGUUUGUCUGCAAUGAAACCUCUGAGUGAGCGAAACUUGAAGGAUGCCUCUGCCAAAAGGAAUAAAACGUCUGAAGCUACUGAGAAAGCUACUUCCAGAUCAGCAGAUCAAUCUGAUCGCAUCCUCAAAUGUGGUCCUUAUCAUGACCCAGUGUACAGGCCUAAAGAUACGUCAUCUGGAAGAUCUGUUCCCAGCAGUUCUACUAUAUCAAGUGAUCCGAUGGACAAAUCAAGUCGAGGCUUUUCACCCCUUGAUAAAACAAUAGUUUCAACUGUUCCGGAGUUGGAUUAUAUUUGGCAGGGUGAUUUUGAGCUGUGGAGGACUGGAAGAUCACCUGAGCUAUGUGAUGGCUUUCAAGCUCACUUAUCAUGUUCUGCUUCACCAAAAGUGCUGGAAGUAGCAAAAAAAUUCCCUUCCAGAGUCCAGCUUGAAGAACUGCCUCGUCGAAACUCAUGGCCCACACAGUUUCAACAAAAUGGACCCACAUAUGAGAAUAUUGGUGUUUUCUUCUUUGCUAGAGAUGCUCAGAGCUAUGAACAUCAUUACAGUAAAUUGGUUCAGAAUAUGCUAAUCAAUGAUUUGGCACUCAGAGGAAAUAUCGAAACAGCUGAAUUAAUUAUAUUCCCUUCUAACAUCCUAUCAAAGAACUCUCAAAGAUGGAACAUGUUUUAUUUUCUAUGGGGUGUGUUUAAAGUGAAAAGAGAAGAUCACUGGAACCUUCCACUUGAUGUACCAAUAAGUAAAUGUGAACCUAAUUUGAAUGAGGAUCCCCUGACUGUGGAUCCGCAUACCUCUGUUUUGUCCUCUAGCCGUUCAUUGUCUGAAGACCAAAAUAAUGCCGCUGACCCUGCCUGCUAUUUGGUUAAGUCAGCUACUUCUGCAGACCAUCAAUGUUUGCAAAUUUCGGAAGCUAAUCGUCAGGGAUGUUCAAAUGGAGAUAACUCUUCGGCCCAGGCUGUGGGCGGAAGAGAUUUGGAAGAUCACUGUCAUGAUUCAAGUAUGACAUGUUGUUUAACAAAUAACAGGAGGGCAAUAAAUGAUUUUUCCACUGCUCCGGCAGGAAAACAGAAGAUAAUUGUAUAUCCAGACUCUCAAAAGAAAAUGUGCGAUGGUGGCAAUGUUGUCGAACCCAUUUUUGAUGUAAAUACGAUGCCAGUUAUUUGCUCUAUCUCAUCAAUCCACAAACAAGAUAAUCAGAACAGAGCCAUCAACCUUAACAAUGCAGAGAGCCUGAUGGAUGUAGAUCAUGCAAAUAAUAUUGAACUGAACUCAGAUACAGUGGAUCUUGUUUCACAUGCAUCACGUAGUGCACAAAAAAGAAAUGUGGAUAUGGCAAACUGGACUGACGGAGCCAAUGGAUCAGUAGACAAGAAAAUUAAAUUGGAUAAUGUAUUGUCCACUGUGGAGUCUAGUUUAAGUGGGAAGGUCAGAGAUGGAAGGUUAUCAUCCAAGGUACACCCUCUAGCAGCUUUACCUGUUCAUGAUUGCACUGACAAUAAGACCAUGGCAGGAAUCUCGAAGAGUAAUGGAAAGUGCACAUUUCCACUAGAUCUAAACGUGGUGGAUGAUGCAGAUAUAGACAUGGUGGAUGAUGCAGCGACUGGAAAUAGCAUAACCGGUCUGUCUGAAGAUUUACCUGAACAGAACACACAAGAUCUUAAGCCAGCACCGAGGGACAACAUAUCUUCUAGAAAGCCCAUGGUUGAAGAAAAGUUGAAUAAAGGAGAUACACAGCCUACUGAUAUGUCAGGCGCGCUCUCCCUCUCCCUCGCAUUUCCAGCAUCAAAGGAACAAUAGGCUGGUAAAAUGCAACCGGAAUCGCAAAGAAGCCUGAGAUGAGCAGUAGGAAUAAACCGUCUUCGAUUAUCCAGUGAUGAUGGCUCCUUGCGUUUGCAUUCCUGAUGUCUUGCGUGAUGCAUCUUUGUAACAUCAACCCACUGCACAAGGAGUCUGCUGAAGACACAACUAUCUUGUCAAUGUGCAAACAGAUGGCAUCUUUUAGAGUGCAUUUUGACGACUUUACAUGCUCCUGGCGUCACACCCAUCUUGAGUAUUGAAUUGCGAAGAACUUGAGAAUGUGGAUCAUGGCUUGUUUUGGUACAGAAAAAAUAAUAAUAUCCAGCUGCUCUUUCAAACAUCGGUAGAGAUUUGAGCAGAGCUUUAGACUCUGCAUUUUAAGUAUCAUCCAGUCUCUGCAUUUUAAAUAAAUCUCAUGUCAGAUUUUGUCUUUACCUUUCAACAGUGCGAUAUAUUGUGGGGGAAUGGUGGUGUAUACGCCUAAGAUUGGCACAUAUAUGUUACCUUUCCUGUUGCCUUAAA